AUGGAAACAACUACAGAAUCAAAAACAAACACAACAACAACAACAACAACAACAACAAAAGAUAUAAAAGAAAAUAAUAAUGAUAUACCAAUUUAUAUAAAAUUUAUAGGAUUUUGGUUUUUUUUAUUUCAAUUAGUUGUUGUUAUUUGUUCUUGGAGAGUUUAUUUUUUAUUUACAGACGAUUAUAAAAAAGAUAGUAGUAAUAAAAGUGAUAAAAGUAAAGAAAAUAAUACAAAUAAUGAUCAACCAUCUACAAAUAAUGUAACUCCACCACCACCACCAACAAAAUCAUUUAAAGAAAAAGUUCAAAAUAAUUUCUUUGGUUUAUUAACUGAUUCAUUCUAUAUGAUCAUGAUAUUAAUCACAUGUACUCUUUUCUUUUGGAGAGCUAAAUCACUUUAUACACAAAUUAGAAAAAGUGACUCAACAGAAUGGAAAUCUAUUAUUUGGGACGAAUUUUCUAGCGGUGGUAUAGAGUUUAGUAGUUUUACUGUUCUUUUAUUAUUAAAAUGGCCUGUAAUUUUUAAAGUAUUUUGGAAUAAGGGAACUGACAAAGAAGAUAAAUCAACAUGGGCACAAAUAUUUUUAAGAGAAUUUUCAAAGGAUGCUGAAAAAAAGAAAGAGUCAGCUGAUAGUGGUAGUAGUGGUUCAGCAAGUUCAAGUAGAAGUGGAGGUGUAGGAUCCGAUAAAGCUAGAAAAACUUUAUCAGAUGACCAAUGGAAAAAACAAUUUCAAAUGGACUUACAAAAUAUUGGUUUCGAAUUUGGUCCAACUGGUGAAGUUGUUAAAUUCCCACCAACCGAGGUUAUGGAGCAAUAUCAAAAGAGUAAUAGAUUUAGAGAUUUAAUUUUACAAGCUGGACCAUCAAAACCAGCCGCCGAAGAAGAUGUUAAAAUCGAAGAUUUCAUUAAAGCAAAACAAACAAUUGAUCAACAUAACCAAGAACAACAAAUGCAACAACAAAAACCAAAUGAUAAAAAACAAAAAAUAUCAAAUAGAAAAGGAAAAAAUAAAAAAUAA